GCUGAAUGAAGUUUUCUGGGUAAUGACUUGAAAAUGUUUUCCUUAUGAGAAGUGGUGUUGAGUUACAGCGUGCAGACCGAGGAUUGGGAGGAGAGAAGCCGCAGCGCCAGCCUGGCCCCCACCUUUCCUUGGACUCUAGAGGUGAACUUGGGCUCACAGAGACAAGACCAGUGAUAGGUUGAACUGUCUGGUGGCUGCAAUCAACUGCUCCCAGAGUUACCCAAGGCCAGCGUUUAGCAGGGUUUUAGCCAGGGGCCAGCUGAGCAGGCACACAUGCUCUGCUAUGAAAUGCCACGCAGGCAGACUGACAAGGGGUAGGAGCUGAGCGUUCCCCUUGGACCGCUGCUUCCUGCUGUUCCGGGGGAGGGGGGCGCUUUCUGGCAAGUCUGCUGCUGCUGUUGCUGCUGCUGCUACUUCAGCUCCCUCUCCACUCAAGGUAAGCAGGCUCAAAGGGAGGGCAGACUGCAAGGGACCCCUUUGUACCAUGAACAAAAUCCGAAAGUUUUUCCGAGGAAGUGGGCGCGUCCUGGCAUUUAUAUUUGUAGCUUCUGUCGUCUGGCUACUUUUUGACAUGGCAGCUCUCCGCCUCUCAUUCAGUGAGAUAAAUACUCGCGUCCUCAAGGAACAUAUCAUCAGAAGAGAGCAGAUAGGAUUCAAAGUAAAGCCAGGCCAAAUGAAGGUUCUUUACAGCAGCACGAAGGAUAUGAAGCACCCCCUAAACAGAUAUAAGAAGGGUAUACGGAGCAAAAAGAACUUUAGAAAGACUGAGGAGAAUGUGCUCAAGGUUGAGGAUGACUUGGACCCAAUCCAGAGAGAAAGAAAAAUGCAGAAUGCCUCAGGAAAAGACAAAGUUGUACCUCUGUGGCAUUCUGCGCAUCUGCAAAGCCUCCCAGUGACUUUUACCAAGCAAAAAACAGAGACACAACACAUCAAAUCCGAAGCCUCCUCUCCUCCCAUAACACCAAAGACACCUCAGGGGGCUCAGAAAACUGCAUUUGUAGCAGCAAGAAGAACUCUUCCGGUCAAAAUAUCUGUACACACAGGACCUGUGGAUAUAAAUCAAGAGGCCCUGAAGAGUCAUAGUUUCAGCAGUGACACAUCAAAACAAGCAGCUGAACACAACCUGACUGUGACCAGUCUUACUACUGACAGCUCAAAGCAGCAAUCACAGGCAGUAGCAAAUGAGAAGACACGCCCUGCCAGCCCACCAGUGCCAAAAUCUAAGGGAGCCAUACCCUUAAAUAAAACCGAGAUUCAGAGCAAAGAACUAAAUGCAAAUAAACACACAGCCAAUAAGAGCCUUCCCUUUUCUAAAUCUGUUGCCAAUUCAAAUCACUUAAAGAAGCAAUCUAUUAAUGAGACACAGUUGGGAGGCUUGCCAAAGGAUAAUGGAGCCAAAGUGGAUGGUGGGAAGAAACUCAAUUUCUCUGAAAGCCAUGUUGUGAUUAGAACCAAAGAGGAACUAAACACAGACACCAGAGAGGUCUUCAAUGCUAAAACCAAAACUAUAUUUCCUACAGUAUUGGGUCAAAGCCAAAGGAAACACAUUUCCAGAAAUAGAAGUGAAGCAUCUUUCUUUUCACUUGCUCUACAGAGAGCAACAGUGUUUCAAAGCAAGCAAGCCUUAACUGGGGGGCAAGAGGCAACAGGAAUCAACUUGGCUGCCAAGUUCCAGCCUAUGGAACCUAACCAAAGUCAACCAAAAGCCCCUUUACCUGACGAUGAUGGAAUGCACCCUGUAUGGAGAAUUGAUGUGACACUUUCUCCAAGGGACCCCAAAGCUCCAGGUCAGUUUGGGCGUCCUGUAGUCGUUCCCCGUGGAAAGGAGAAGGAAGCAGAAAGAAGAUGGAAAGAAGGAAACUUCAAUGUCUAUCUUAGUGAUUUGAUCCCAGUGGACAGAGCCAUUGAAGACACAAGACCUGCUGGGUGUGCGGAGCAGCUAGUCCACAAUAACCUCCCAACCACCAGCAUCAUCAUGUGCUUUGUGGAUGAGGUAUGGUCCACUCUCCUCAGGUCUGUUCACAGUGUCCUCAAUCGUUCUCCUCCACACCUCAUCAAGGAGAUUCUGCUGGUGGAUGACUUCAGCACCAGAGACUACUUAAAAGAUAAGUUGGAUAAAUACAUGUCCCAGUUUCCAAAAGUUCGGAUUCUUCACCUCAAAGAAAGACAUGGCUUAAUAAGAGCUAGGCUAGCAGGAGCACAAAAAGCAACAGGUGAUGUGCUGACAUUCUUAGAUUCUCAUGUGGAAUGUAAUGUUGGUUGGUUGGAACCUCUUCUGGAAAGGGUUCAUUUAAGUAGAAAGAAGGUAGCCUGCCCAGUAAUUGAAGUCAUCAAUGAUAAAGACAUGAGUUACAUGACAGUGGACAACUUUCAAAGGGGCAUCUUUGUGUGGCCAAUGAACUUUGCUUGGAGAACAAUUCCUCCAGAUAUUGUUGCAAAAAACAGAAUUAAAGAAACUGAUAUAAUAAGGUGUCCUGUCAUGGCAGGUGGAUUAUUUUCCAUAGACAAAAAUUACUUUUUUGAACUUGGAACAUAUGAUCCUGGUCUUGAUGUAUGGGGUGGAGAAAAUAUGGAGCUCUCAUUCAAGGUGUGGAUGUGUGGUGGUGAAAUUGAAAUCAUUCCCUGCUCCCGAGUGGGGCACAUAUUUAGAAAUGACAAUCCAUAUUCCUUCCCCAAAGACCGGAUGAAGACAGUGGAGCGGAACUUGGUGCGGGUUGCUGAGGUCUGGCUGGAUGAGUACAAGGAACUAUUCUAUGGCCAUGGGGAUCACCUCAUCGACCAAGGGCUGGAUGUGGGAAACCUCACCCAACAACGGGAGCUUCGAAAGAAAUUAAAGUGCAAAAGUUUCAGGUGGUACUUGGAAAAUGUCUUUCCUGAUAUGAAGGCACCCAUUGUGAGGGCAAGUGGUGUGCUUAUUAAUGUGGCUUUGGACAAAUGCAUAUCUAUUGAAAAUACUACAGCCAUUCUGGAAGAUUGUGAUGGGAGCAGCCAGUUUCAACAAUUUAAUUAUACCUGGCCAAGACUAAUUAAACACGGAGAAUGGUGCCUAGCUCCCAUCCCUGAUAAGGGAGCCCUGAGGCUGCGUCCUUGCGAUAACAGAAACAAAGCACUUAAGUGGUUGCAUAAAUCCACAUCAGUCUUUCAUCCAGAACUGAUUAAUCACAUUGUUUUUGGAAACUAUCCUCAGUUGUUAUGCUUGGAAGGAAAUUUUUCUCAGAAGACCCUGAAAGUUGCUGUUUGUGACCCAAUAAAACCUACUCAAAAGUGGAAAUUUGAAAAUUAUUAUGAAGACUGAAGAGACCUGAUUUUUAUUUUAUCUAGUAAAAUCAUUAGAUAUUAAAAACAACAGUGA